AUGAUGGAGUGUUCCUGGAAAGCUGUCCUUCUGUUAGUAUUUGCCUCCCUGGGAAUCCAGUAUUCAGCCAUUAAAUCUCUAAGAAAGGCCUACGAGGCUCCCUGUCCGAGCAUGACAGUUCAAAACCAAUGUCUGCAAAGAGACAUGAAAGGUGAGUCUGUUAUGACUAAAUAAAUGGAUAUUGGGAGAACAAGAAUUUUAUCUUUUAUACAGGAUAUUCACUUUUAUGAUCGCCACUCUUUACAAACGUUUUACGUUUUAGGUGCACUGUACCUUUAAAUAUUGAAGUGCUACAAAGUGAAAAAGGUGUCCGUGCACUGUGCAUUCAGGAAUUACCUUUAUAUUAUUAGAAUAAUGUGCAAAAUUGCAAUUGUGUUAUGUGCUAAAUAUACUAAAAACUACUUACUAAAGAAAUAGGGAUUUCCCACUAUUUCUUCCAGGGAUGCAUAAGGACAUAAAAAAACAGAAAAAUAAACAUAGCAUAAUACUGUAUAACAAGAAAUUCUAAGAAUGACCAUAAAAAUGGAAUCAAACUCACAAGAGGAGAUCAGUAAGAAGUCUGCUCUCACUUUUCUCACUUGUGUCCACACAUGGGACUAAGUGCAACCAGGGAUCAGAGUAUGGCAGCUUGAAUGUAGAAAACACUUUAUUUCCAACAAAGUUAAAAGAUUCACAGUACACGUGAGCAUGUGCUCCCUUAUCCACAGAAAUUCAUACCCCUAUACUGCAGUGGAGCUUCAAAACCGCGGCUAGUACUAGCGGUCUCCUCGAAAAUCGGCACCUUCCGGGAGGCGGGGCUGCGUACCGUCACGUGUUGGCGUGAUGAGACAAGAAUAUAACAAACAAUAGUGAUAUUAUAAAAAUAAUAGUCAGUAGGGUAUAUGCAAAAACAAUAACAUAUACACGUGUAAAAAGAGUCCAAAAUAAAACCUAGAUAAAAGUAUAUAAAAUAUCAAAUGAUAAGGCACAGUCUCAGUAGAAGCAGCACAUCUUCUUGUAUGAUAUUAAUUAUACUAAGCAUGAUACUAAUUGUAUGAUACUAAAUAGUCUCGCUUGAUUGCAGCAUAUGAAAAGAAACACAGGACAAGCCAAACCAAUAGUACAGUAUGAUAAUAGAAAAUAGGACAAACAACACUUAAGACAAAUGUCAACUCACAUACAAUAGAGCUAUAACCAGCUCUAGGUAAAAUAGCAUGCAGUGGUUUUUAAUCCCCACUUGCAGGAUAUCCCUCUGGGUUUGGUAAAUGGUGAAGCAAUCAUGACUGGAAAGUGGUGAGGUAGAUCAUAUGAAAUGACAAAGGCAGCCAAUAGUGCUCACAAUUUAGGUAAGGAUUAUAGAGAUGAAAUGAAAAGUACUUACAUGUAAAUGAGCAGACUAACCAUGUAUCAAUCAUGCAUGGUACAAUCCUCACCUAGGAUUCUUUAGUUGAUGGUCCACUUUGACUAAACUAUAAAAAUAUUAAUUAGUACAAUAUAAACAAUGUUUUUAAUAUUGUAAAGUAAACGUUAAAAUAGUUUUAAAUGAAAAACGAGUGUUUGGGAGGGAGUACUAUGACAUAUAAAGUAAGGAAAAGAAAAGCACUGUCACUCCUUCCUGAAAAGAAUAGUGGAGAGUAUCUUUAUGGAAUACUCAAUUUGAUUGUGUUUGAAUUUCACUGAAAUUCCAACCCAGUCAAGAGAUAUGCAGAGACAAAGUAGGGACUGCUUUGUCUCCUUUACCUGUCCCAGCAGCCCCAGUGGCGAUGUCACAGUUGGCAAAGUCCCCUACGCUAACAUUUCCGCUUUAACACUGUAUCUUCUCACUUUCCAUCCUCAAACCCCCAUUCAAUUUUCUUUCCUUAUAUUUCUCAAGAUAGCAUAUUCAGUACAGAUAAAUUUAUAUGUGAACAAAUUGUAAAAUACAGGCAAAUAUAGCUGAGACAAAAGAAAUCCAACCCAGUUAUUUGGAUACGCUGCUUUUUUUUUUUUUUUAAACGCAGAGCACAAUGUGUCAAUUCUCUAUUUAGUGAAUAUGCCCAAUUAAACUUCAAAAUAGUUUCUGUUUCAAACUCUCUCUUUCUUUUUCUCUGUUGAAGCUACAGUUUUGUCUAUGGCCGACAGAACAUCAUGGCAGAUAGAGAGCUAUGUACUGACCUUUCACCGAUUAUCAUUAGUAUUAUUAUAUAAGGGUAAGGGAGUACAAAUCCAUAGAAAUGCACUAUGCCUUUUAAAAUAAUUAUUCACCCAUCUACAUUUUUAAAGGGGAUGGUAUUAAACUUUAAUCAUGCUUCCUACAGGAUGCAAGGAUUUGUGGAAAUAAAUUAGUUGUAGUUAUAUGAUUCAUGAUAUUAAGGUCAACACAAUCUUGGUGACCAUUUGUAAGACACAUCUGUGGAGCUACUUCCAUAGUUCUAUUUUAUGUAUCAAUUGAGUAAAAAGCAAAAAACUAAAUAUACCAAAGGAAGUUACUUCUAUUAUUGUUUUCUUGGUCUCAUUUCAUACUGUUUUUCUCUAAAAUGAGAAUGCAAAGUGAAUUACAAAUUUAAGGACAAAAUAAUCAAACUGAUAAAUUUCUCUAAGUCAGCUAUGCUUUUAGUUUGGCUACUCUGCCCUUUAUGCCAGUCCAGAUGGGGAGAACCUCUCAUCUCCCACGGCAGAUGUGAGCUGUCAGUUCAUACCUGAGUCUAAAGGAUCUACCAUUAAUUAUAUUGCUCCGUCUCUUAGCUAUAUGUCACAUCUAAUGAAAGCCAUUUUUGUCUUUUAACCCAUUAAGGCCACAUGACGGAAAUAUUCCGUCACAAUUCCCUUUUAUUCCAGAAGUUGUGUCCUUAAGGGGUUAAAUCCUGCUGUGCCCCUCUCCCUCCCACCCACAUCCCCUUCAGUGACUGACCGGAGUCCAGCGCCGAUGUCCCUCGGCGCUGAGUCAGGCUCCUCCUACUCUCUUCCUCGCCAACGUCAUCCAAGAACACGGAAGUCCCUCUAGUGGCUGUCUGACAGACAGCCACUAGAGGAGGAUUAACCCUGCAAGGUAAUUAUUGCAGUUUAUAAAAACUGCAAUGAUUACACUUGCAGGAUUAAGGGUAGUGGGAGUUGGCACCCAGACCACUCCAAUGGGCAGAAGUGGUCUGGGUGCCUGGAGUGUCCCUUUAAAAAAACUGUAUAUAAUCGGAGCUUUUGCAAUCAAUAAGAAAGAUCGAAAUUGCUGAUGAAAACACUCCUAGCAAAAUGCCCAUAUUGCUUGAGCUCUUAUGUAUAAAGGGGUUGAUUUAAUAUUAAAUGAAAAACACAGUUGAAAAUUCCCAACAUGAUUUAAUGUCGCCCAAAAUCUGUCCAGACAAAACAGUGUUCCUGGUUGAAAUUGAAUUAUAAAUGUAUCAGACGCGCAAAACAUAAAUAAUGGAUGCUGUUGAAAUAUAUUGGAAAUUAUCAUAAACAAAAACAGAGAAUAGGAGAGUUAUGAGAACGGAAAAAAGCUUAGAGAAACUCAGUAAGUUGCCUUUCGUUAAAUCCUCGCUCAAGUCUCAAAAUAGUUUUUGCCCACUUGUGCCAUUACAAAGAGAACAUAUUCUGAAGCAUAUCAGACUGAUCCCACCCAUGAGGGCAGUCAAGAAACGAAAUGCCAGCAAGUUAUUUCUGCGUAAGAGAUCCAGCAACCACAGAAAAUCAUUUCGGCCUUCUUUGUGCCUCAUCAGCGAGGUGGCAAUUUAUUGUUUGGUAGAUAUGCAAUCACUGUUUAGGUGACAUGCCCACACUAUUUGGAGUUUUAAUGCAUGAAAACUACUUUGUCAACAGCUUUUUUGAUAAGCCCAUUUCAGGGUCAUUAAAUGAUUGAUAAAUGAAAUUGAAUAACCAAAUUUGAUUUGGUUGUGAACAUUUUCAAAAUGUUUCGGCUCCUGAAAAGCCUUAAAUUGCUUGUAUUAUAUCGCUCUGAACUGUUAAAAGGCUUAUCAGGAGCCAAUAAGCCGUUAAUAUCACCUGAUAUUAAAUCAAAACGAAAACAAGCAGGGGUAAAUAUGAAUAUUUGCAUACUUCCAGCCAAGUUGACUAAUUAGGUUUAAUUAAUUCCCAUGUGAGACUUUUUGUGAGAAGAAUUUGGUUCUGAUACUUAUUAUGGAGCACAAUUUAAAGGGACACUAUAGGACAGUCUUAACAGCAUUAUAGGCCCCCAGGCAAUGCAGUGCACUGAGAUCCUGCCUACACAUCCACUCACAGGAAUAACAAUUUAAAUUGUCCAUAAAAUUCAGCUUAUAUUUAUUGGUACCUCCAAACAUGCAAUACAUACAUACAAUAUAUACACAUAUACUGCCUAAUACAAACACAGACUGCUGAAUACACAGAAUACACAGUCUGCUGAAUAAACACACAGACAGACUGCUGAAUACACACACAGACUACUGAAGAUACACAGGCAGACUGCUGAAUACACACACAGUCUACUGAAGAUACACAGGCAGACUGCUGAAUACCUACACAUGGGCUGCUGAAAACACAGGCUGCUGCAUACACACAGACAGAGAGGCUACUGAAUACACACACACAGACUGCUGAAUCCACAUAUUGCUGAAUACACACAUAGACUGCUGGAUACACACGCAAACUGCUAAAUACACAGACACUGCUGAAUAAACUCACAAUCUGUUAAAUACACACACUGGCUGCUGAAUACACACUCAGACUGCUGAGUGCACACAGUGUGCUGGAUACACACCUAGACAGACUGCAGUGCGUAGUGUAAGGUUGCAGUGUGUGAAGGGGUACAUUGUGUAAGAGGAGUACAGUGUGUGAAUAAUGGGUGCAGUGUGUGUGUGCGAAGGCUGCAGGGAGGGGUGCAGUUUGUGAAGGGGUACAGUGUGUAAGAGGGGUGCAGUAUGUGAGUGACAGAUGCAGUGUGUGUGUGUGUAGGGGUGCAGUGUGUGUGUGUUUAGGGAUGCAGUGAGGGUUCAUUGUGUGUGAGUAGUGCAAUGUGUGUAGGUGUGCAGAGUGUGUGAGUGGUGUAGUGUGUGUGUAGGUGUGCAAUAUGUGUGAGGGGUGCAGUGUGUGUGUGAGGGGUGCUAAGUGUGUGUGAAUGAUGCAGUGUGUAUGUAGGGGUGCAGAGUGUGUGAGGGUUAUAGUGUGUGUGUUUGAAUGGUGCAGCGUGUGAGGGGCGAGUGUGUGUGUGUGUGUGUCAUGAUCUCAAGCAGGUCAGAUAGUUUUUAUUUGAGACUUUAUUGGUGCUUUUAGACAUAUUAUGCAACUUGACGGAAAACAGACUUUAGGCAAUAUGCCACAAAACAGGAUACUUGCCACAGGUGCCACAAACCAGGUUACUUGCAAAUAAAGAAAGUCUGUGAUCUCCAGGUAGGUUUGAUACAAAGGCAGGUUGGUUUCCAAGCCAGGCUGGUAAUAGUGGAAGGUUGCUAACAGAGGCAGAAAUCAAAAUCAUUCGCCGGAGUGGAGCAGGCUGGAAGGUAAGUCUGGAGCAGGAAUGAGGGUAGGUCUGGAGAAGGUUCACAUGAGCCAGGAACUGAAGUUUUUCAGGCAAAUCAUUAACUUCAAUGCAAAGGCUACUUGGUUUAUUGGGUGUGGCCUUUUAUAGCAGACUUGAUUUUAGGUUAUCCAGGUAAGAGUUUGAAAUGACUAGAGGCAAAAGUCAGGUACCGUAUUUAAAAGGACAGUAUUAAACAAAAAAAAGUCUUACUUGUCAGUAUAGGAAUGUGACAGUGUGUGAGGGAUGCAUAGGGUCUAUAUUGUGUGUAUGGGAGGGUGAUAAGGGAGAAAAUGUACAUUUUCUUCUAUCUAUUUAAAUAAAUAAAAGCCAUUAUGCCCCCCUGCUCCCUUUUUCUUACCUUUUGCCAGGUUGGGGGUCAUUUUACAAGCCCUGGUGGUCCAGUGGUGGCAAGGUUACUCUAGCCUCUGGCUGCAGGCUGACUUCACUUCUCCUGUGAACACACAGUCAUCCAGGUCCCUCCCUCUCUCUCCCCUAAGGAAGAGCCAGGUCAGUGAGGGAGAUCAGCAGACAGCACGGCUCAGAGCCCCUAUGCUUGUGGGGAAAAGACGGCCCUGGGGCACUGUAGUCAACAGACCCACAAAAGCUUAAUAUAGUGGUUCUGGUGUCUAAAGCAUGUCCAUGCAGGCGUUUUUUUUUUUAAUUUAAAUGCGAAAAGACAGUGUUUACAUUACUGCUUAGUAAGAAAAUAAUUAGCAAGGAAGGCACACUAAAGACACAAUAGGAUGAAAUUCAGCUUAGGCUACUAAAAACACAGGGUGCUCACUACAAUCUUCUAUUUCCAAUAGAGUCUAUAUAUACAAUUUAUAGCAAAGAAACCAGAAUUUAUUAGAAUAAAAUAUAUCAAACACACAAAUAUAUAAAUCUGGAUAUUCUAAAUAUGUCAGACUAUACAAAAUGACAAAAACAAUAAAUUAUAGUCAUAAAUCAGAUCCUAGUGAAUAUACAAUUAACACAAGAGGUAUACAGAAAAAAUGUAAAUAUAUCAAGGCCAACUAGUAAACUGAGGCCAAAUUCGAGGUCACAAGAACAUCAGAAAAAUAAUCCAAGUAAAUUCAAAACAAAAUAUAGAAACAUAGAAUGUGACGGCAGAUAAGAACCAUUUGGACCAUUCAAUCUGCCCAAUUUUCUAAAUACUUUCAUUAGUCACUAGCCUUAUCUUAUAGUUAGGAUAGCCCUAUGCCUAUCCCAUGCAUGUUUAAACUCCUUUACUGUGUUAACUUCUACCACUUCAGCUGGAAGGCUAUUCCAUGCAUCCACUACCCUCUCAGUAAAGUAAUACUUCCUGAUAUUAUUUUUUAAACCUUUGCCCCUCUAAUUUAAGACUAUGCCCUCUUGUUGUGGUAGUUUUCCUUCUUUUAAAUAUAGUCUCCUCCUUUACUGUGUUGAUUCCUUUAUGUAUUUAGAUGUUUCUAUCAUAUCCCGUCUCGUCUUUCCUCCAAGCUAUACAUGUUAAGAUCCUUUAAAGGACCACUAUAGUGCCAGGAAAACAUACUCGUUUUCCUGGCACUAUAGUGCCCUGAGGGUGCCCCCACUCUGGAGGCUGGAUUAACCCUCAGUAUAAACAUAGCAGUUUCUCUGAAACUGCUAUGUUUAUAAAAAAAAAAGGGUUAAUCCUAGAGGGACCAGGCACCCAGACCACUUCAUUAAGCUGAAGUGGUCUGGGUGCCUAGAGUGGUCCUUUAACCUUUCCUGGUAAGUUUUAUCCCGCAAUCCAUGAACCAGUUUAGUAGCCCUUCUCUGAACCCUCUCUAAAGUAUCAAUAUCCUUCUGAAGAUAUGGUCUCCAGUACUGCGUACAAUACUCCAAGUGAGGUUUCAACGGUGUUCUGUACAAUGGCAUUAGCACUUCACUCUUUCUACUGCUAAUACCUCUCCCUAUACAACCAAGCAUUCUGCUAGCAUUUCCUGCUGCUCUAUUACAUUGUCUGCCUACCUUUAAGUCAUCAGAAAUAAUCACCCCUAAAUCCUUUUCCUCAGAUGUUGAGGUUAGGACUCUAUCAAAUAUUCUGUACUCUGCCCUUGGGUUUUUACACCCAAGAUGCAUUAUCUUGCACUUAUCCACAUUAAAUGUCGGUUGCCACAAUUCUGACCAUUUUUCUAGUUUACCUAAAUCAUUUGUCAUUUGGGUUAUCCCUCCUGGAACACCAACCCUGUUACAUAUCUUAGUAUCAUCAGCAAAAAGACAUACCUUACCAUCAAGACCUUCUGCAAUAUCACUAAUAAAAAUAUUAAAGAUAAUGGGUCCAAGUACAGACCCCUGAGGUACCCCACUGGUGACAAGACCAUGCUACGAAUAUAUUCCAUUAACUACAACCCUCUGUUGCCUGUCACUCAGCCACUGCCUUACCCAUUCAACAAUAUUGGAAUCCAAACUUAAAGAUUGCAAUAAAUAAAUAUACAAAACACGUAAAACAGUUUAAAUACAUACCAGAAAGAACUAAGGUAACACAAGAUAAUAGUAAGAGUGGUAUGGGAUACCAAAGCAAAAGCAAAUAUGAGUGAAAGCCCACCAAAGUUUCUGUAAAACUGCAUUUUGCUCCUUUGGUCCUUUGCUCCCUUUGUAUUCCGAACACUAUAGUUACAUAGCUCAAAAGAGACUUGCAUCCAUCAAUAUCAGCCUUCUUUAUAUUUGUUUUUGCUGUUGAUCUAAAAGAAGGCAAAAAAAAAAAAAAACAGUCUGAAGCGUUUCUAAUUUUGCAACAAACUAGGAAACAAUUCCUUCUUGACCCCAAAAUGGGAGUUAGAUAUCUCCAUGGAUAAAGCAGCUAUUAUGGCCCCCAAUGGUCUUAAUGAAGAACUGGAUCAGUUUUAGGUGAAUUUGUAGUUUCAGUUCUUUCAUCUAUUUAUGGUUUUGUUUGGUUUGAUUUGUUUUGGUUUUAUAGUUUUCAUCAUUUUUUUUUUUGGUUCCUCUAAUUUGCACUGUUGUGAUAUAUAGGUUUAUUCUUGGUAGUUUUGGAGACAUGCACUGGAAUAUAUACCCCUAUAAAUAUGUAUAUUGUAUAUUAUAUUCUUUUGCUAGGAUCAUGUAGAUUUUUUUUUUAUCUCACUAGUAUGCACAUUGCACUAUUCAUAGUGAACAGUUUAUUCAUAGUGAACAGUCAGGCCAAUCUGCAUUUCUGGCUUAAUUGGGGCAUUAAUGUUGUUAACAUCAAUAGGUGCAUAACACUCUUUAUGGUUAUAUUAUACUAAAUACUGCAUUCAUCCAUUUGGUAUAUUUGUGUGAUUUCAAUUUUUAUGGUUAUUUUUAUUCAACAUUCAUAAUAUUUUUUAAAUUUUACUUUAGAGAUAUUGCUCAAAGUUUAAGCGUACGGGCUCUAUGAACGAUCACUGUGCAUAUAGACAAUGGCGAAAUAUAUGCACAAAACAGACAAAAUUGGCCAAGGCCCAAUAUUUCUGUGAAAAUCUGAACAAAAACAUCUCAAAUCCUAGAAACUUUUGGAAAGUCAUAAAUAAACUACAAACUCCCCCAAUCCACUCCCAACCCUGCACUGUCAAAGUGGAUAACCAAACCCUGCAACUUCCCUUAGAUGUAGCAAAUGCCUUUAACAAUUAUUUUGUCGGAUGCUCUACUUUACAUUAUUUAUAAAUGAUCUGCCUAAUGUCUGCAAAUCCUCAAAUGUACAGAUGUACGCAGAUGACACGGUAAUCUAUGCAAGCAAAUCUGAUCUGCCGCAGCUUGAGGCUGUGCUCCAAGACCAGUUUACAGAGGUAGAAAAGUGGAUCGUAAAAAACAAACUCUUCCUGAACACUGCCAAAACUGUCACAAUGAUCUUUGGAACAGUACCUAAAUUACCCAAAUUAGCCAAUUCCCAACUAUCCAUCAAAACAAAUUCAAAUGGCACACUGACCGCAGUCCACUCUUUCAAAUACUUGGGUAUGAUGUUAGACCCCAAUCUAUCUUUUGGCCUGCACAUAGAAAAGCUUGCAUCUAAACUUUAUCCAAAACGAGGUGCCCUGUACAGAAACAAAGCCUGCCUAAGCCCUACAGUAAAGGAAAAGAUUGUACAGCAAAUGCUGAUGCCAAUCAUUGAUUAUGGGGAUGUAGUAUAUGCUCCUGCAUGCAAUCCCACAUUAAUAAACUCACAUUGUAUAACUCGUUCUGCCGAUUUGUGCUACAAUGUAAUUACAGGACCCAUCAUUGUGACAUGCUAAAGGAACUAAACUGGCUGUCACUGGAAUCCAGACGCACCCUUCAUCUUUCCAGCCUUGUGUUUAAGAGCUUUUCUGGGAAACUCCCACCCUACCUGAACACAAUGCUUUCCUUAGCUGUUUCCACUUCCUAUAACCUUCGAUCCAGUACCAACACUUUACUUAGUCUACCUCAAUACAAAAAGAAAGCAGCCCGAUCCGCCUUCUCCUACAGAGCACCGCAAUUGUGGAACGACCUACCGCACAAAUUAAAAUCUUCCCUAAGCCUAACGUCAUUUAAGAGAUCCCUCUCUACAUACCUCAAAACAGAAUGCACCUGUCAUGGUUGAUUAUAUAUUUCCUGCCUGUUCUAUGUUACAUUUUGUAUUUAUUAAUAUUGUUUUUGUAUUUUAUUGUACCCUAAUUGUAACAAUGCAAUGAUUUGUGGACCAAGGACAUACUUGAAAACGAGAGAAAUCUCAAUGUAUCUUUCCUGGUAAAAUAUUUUAUAAAUAAAUAAAUAAAAUUUGGCUUUUUAUUUAAUAUUGUGUAGUUUAUGUAUUCUAUAUACAUGAAGUAUUUAUUUUAAAUUCUGUAAUGAAUCAUGUACUAUGUUAGUUACAUAUACUAACACACACAUUUUCUGUAUGCAAUAGAAUAUAUUUUUUGUAUUUUUUUUAUGUAAAAUAAUUUUUUUGCUUUAAUUGUUAUGAUAAGGGUUAAUUAUUUUAAGUUAUUAAGCUGUUCGUCUAUUUAGUCCAUACCAGGUUUUGCAGGUUGUCUGAUUUUGAGGGUUUAUAAGGCAAUUCUCUCCAUCUGCACAUCGUCUUGAGAAAGUCCUGUGAACAGGACGAAACGUGUGUAGAUGCAGUGCCUUUCUCCUCUCUGUUAUCUAUUUAUAUUGAUUGUCUGGCGCUCUGAUAUCCAUCAAGUAUAUCUACGGUUUACUGCCUGUGGGACUGCCUUCAUUGAGAUCCUAUGUGUUCUACCUUUCCUCAACAAGUCAAGCAGUUUUUUAUCAUCACAUUUUGACCUUAGAGCUGCUGUUUCUAUUUUUGAAUCAUCUGGAUCGUCACCUCAGUUUUUUGGGGGGCCCCCUCGAGGUCAGGUAUUUUUAUAUUAUAUCAGCGGUUACCUUUUUCACUUUUGAAUUUUUCAUAUUUCUUUUGCACAUUUUUAUUAUUUUUUUUUAUACUUUUCAAUACAAAUAUUAUUUAUCCAGUAUCUUACAUUACCUACAGUUUUUAUACAAUUUACAUGCAACGUUAUAAAACGGUUUUUCACCAAGGUUUGCACCAUUUAGUUUGUGUUCACAUCUACUUUCCCUUUGGACUGCAACAUGCUGCUUCUGGAUUAAUUGAAACUGUUGCAGUUUUUGGGAAGUAUUGUGUUUUAUGUCCCACCUAACAGUUAUUAAAAAUAACUAGGGUAAUAAUUUUUCAUUGUUUUAGCUGGUAUUUGUAUUCAAGGUUGUAACGGAACUCACUGUAAUGAAGCUCCCCGUACUCUGACUGAGUACCCUCCGUUGAUGGACGCUUCCUAGCUUGCGCCAAGGACCACAAGCACCGCACCGGACACCACAACCACUGCAGACUCUGCAACCGCCGUAGCUUGACUGGAGUCUCGCCGUCUUUCUUCCACCCUGGAUCAGCUUCUGUCCUCCAGGACCAUGUGGGAAAGACCUCUUCCCUCCACCCUGUAUGAACCUCCAGCAUCCAGGACUGUGUGGGGAAGACCUCUCCUCCAGGAGAGCAUAACAGGAACAGCUCUUAAAAGAGCUAAGUGAUUAAAGCUCAAGGGAGUAUGCAGAGCAUUGCAAUCACCAGUGUGAGUAUAGCUGUCCCCUCCAAUCACGAGACAAGACUAUGUGUUGAGGGUCAAGAAGAACUGUCUAAAACUUUAUUUUACUUGGGACUAGCCCAUAUGGUCAUUACAUUAACAUUGCUGUGAAAACUCAAAAUAUUACAAACAGUCAAAUCAUAGCAGGCAACAUACAGUGACUUAUUAUAACACAAUGGCAUAUUUUCAAAGGGGUGCGGAGACAAUAAUUAACAGAAAAUAUCUCACAUACCUGCAGAAUUAGCAAUAUGCAAAUCUACCCAAAUAUGCAAAUGAACCAGUCUUGCUAUUUAGGUAGUUCAAGCAGCUAUUACCCCAAUAAUUAGAAAUUAUAUCCCUGUAUGUUAUGUUUUUGCUAGUAUUUAUCCAAUUGCUGUUGAAACAUCUGUAUGGACUUUGAUAAAACCACCUCUUCAGGCAGAGGAUUUCAUAUUCUUAUUGCUCUUACUGUAAAAAAAAAAAAAAUUUUCUUUGCCUUAGAUGAAAUCUCCUUUCUUCCAGCCUAAAUGCGAGACCUCGUGUCCUAUGUAUUUUGUUUGUACUGCACCCGAAUAUAUUUGUAUAAUGUUAUCAUAUCCACUUGGAGGUGCAGUUUUUCCAAACUAAAGAGAUUUACAUUUUUUUUUAACCUUUCUUCAUAACUAAAAUGCUCCAUUCCUUUUAUCAAUUUUGUAGCUUGUCUCUGCACUUUUUCUAGUGCCAUGAUAUCCUUUAGGUGCCCAAAAUUGCACAGCAUAUUCAAGGUGUGGUCUUACCAGUGAUUUAUAAAGAGGCAAAAUUAUAUUUUCAUCCCAAGUAAUUUAUGCCCCUAUUUAUACAUGACAAAACCUUACUGGCCUUAGCAACUGCAGAUUGACAUUGCAUAUUGUUGCCUAAUUUGUUGUCUAUAACUAUUCCCACAUCAUUCUCAUGUGUAGUUAUCCCUAAUUCACUACCAUUUAGGUGUAAGUUGCUUGUGCAUUCUUAACCCCGAAGUACAUAACUUUGCAUUUCUCUACAUUAAAUUUAAUCUGCCCUUUUAGUGCCCAGUCUCCCAAUCUAUCUAAAUCCCUCUGCAGCAAAGCAAUAUCCUGCUCACAUGUUAUUACUUUACAAAGUUUUGUGUCAUCUGCAAACACUGAAACAUGGCUUUAAAUGCCUAUUGCAAGAUCAUUAAUAAAUAUGUUAAAUAGAAGCGGUCCCAAAACAGAACCCUGGGGGACACCACUUACCACUUUUGUCCAGCCUGAAAAUUUACCAUUAAUGACAACUCGUUGUACUCUAUCUUUAAGCCAAUUUUCUACUCAAGAACAAGAAUAUUCAUCUCGACCAAUUUCUUUUAGUUUGAAGACUAACCUAUUGUGAGGAACCGGAUCAGAUGCCUUGGCAAAAUCCAAGUAGCUCACAUCCACUGCAACAUCCUGAUCUAUACUUCUACCUACUUCUUCGUAGAAUGCAAUUAGAUUAGUUUGACAUGACCUAUGUUUCAUAAAACCAUGCUGAUAGUGUUCCUUUCACUACUUAAGGACAGCGGGCAUGCUAUGCUGUCCUUGGGGACCCUGCUCUAAAUGCGGGUGGCAUAGUACGUCCCUGCUGUCCAGGGGACUAACCUGCUCUCUAGCAAUCCCACGCCGGCAAUCGCGAUGGGGGGAUUUACCUGGCAUCCCAGGAAGUCCCCCAGCUGCUGAUCUGGCCCUCAUGGCCAUGUGAUAGCAAGGUCCUUGCGACGACCCCAUGAUCACAUGGACGGAAUAGCCGUCCAUAGCAGUGUCAGCAGGGGGAGUGCCUGGAAUAACAGUUAAAGAAAAGUUAAAACAGUGUAAAAUAAAAUAAUAUAUACUUAGAUUUUAUAUCUAUUACUUCAAAAUACACAUAGAAUGACAUUAAUUAAAUAUAUAUAAUUAUAUAUGCUGUGCCUAAUCAUUAAAUUCAUGAAGCACCAAUAUCAGUUAUGAAACACUAAUAUUUGUGUUCAGCAAAGUCUCCUAAGUAAAACAGUACCCCUCAUGUACAGGUGUUAUGGGGUUUUCAAAAGUUACAGAGUCAAAUAUAAGGCUUGCAUUUCAGUUUUUUUCACACUGAAAUUCGCCAGAUGGGUUAUGUUGCCUUUGAGACCGUAGCCCAAGAAUGAGAAUUGCUGGCAUACCAUUUGCAAAAGUAGACAACCCAAGGUAUUGCAAAUAGGGUAUGUUCAGCCUUUUUUAGUAGCCACCUAGUCACAAACACUGGCCAAAAUUGACAUUCAAAUUAGUUUUUUGCAUUUUUCAAACACAAACAAAUAUUGACGCCAACUUUAAAACCUGUACAUGAGGGGUACUGUUUUAUACACGAGACAUCGCUGAAUACAAAUAUGUGUAUUUUAUUGCAGUGAAAGCUAACAGUAUUAUGACAUUCACAGUUAAAAUGUCAUGCAGAACUAAAAAAAAUAACAAUUUCUUAAUUUCUCACAUUAUUUUAUAUUUUAUUCAUAUUAAAUUAUGCUUCAUAGCUAAAUAUGUUGUUAAAUAAAAGCCCUAUUUCUCCUGAACAAAAUGAUAUAUAAUAAGUGUGGGUGUACUUAAUAUGAAAGAGGUGAAUUACGGUUGAACAGAUAUAUAGUCAAAUUCCAAGUUUUGUUUUCGUUUUAUUUUGAUCAAAACGUGUACAUUUGGCUCAGUUCUUAAGGGGUUGAGAACAGGAUUUAGCCUAUUACAGCUCUGAUUUUAUAGGCUUGAGACACACUAGUGGUCUAUAUUACUACUGGUUCAAAACCACUGGGUUAAGAUUCAUAUCUUCAAUAAGUGUUAUACAAUAAUGUUUUUCUUUGUUCUAUAUACACUAGCUAUUAAAUAUUUGUGGUACCUACAUUUAAAAACACAUAGAUUUGUGCUGAUGGGAAGAUGAAAAGUGCUUUACUUUGUAUGUUUAUUGUAUGAAAAUAAACAACUUAGUCUGAUGUAAUGGACAAGAGGCCUGCCCAAUCAUCUGGGCUGGAUUUCCUGUCCAAUCAAAAGGUAGCACAAAAUUAAGGAGAAUUGUUGGUUAUGACACAGCCUUUAAAUGAUGAUUUUAUUCAAAAAUCAAGUGACAACUGUUCAAUAAAGGGAAAAAGGAGGAGCAGUAAAACAGUGUAUAGUUUCAAGCAGGAUUCUUUUAGACACUUUGACUAUAGUUACUGAGGGAGACAGACAAGGAGUUAUACCGCGAGAAAUUAGCGUAGAGUACUAAAGGAUUGCCCAUGACCCUGACGCCGAUUCAUCAGUUGUCCUUCCUUGCACCACUUUGGUAGGUAGGAACACCCCGAAGACUUUUUUUUAAUGCUCUGACCCAGUCGUCUACACAUCAAUAUUUGGCCCUUGUCAAAGUCACUCAAAGUCACUGGGGCAGAGGAGAGGAAGGGAGAGCCUGGGGCACUGGAGAAGCUUGGGCAGUCUAGGGCAGAAGAGGGGCUUGGGGAGCAUGGGGCAGAGGAGAAGCAGGGAGAGCCUAGGGAAGAAGGCAAGCAGGGAGAGUUUGGAGCAGGAGAGCCUGGAGUAUAGGAGGAGCAGGGAGAGGCUGGGACAGAAAAGGAGCCUGGAAAAAUAGGGAGAGCCAUUGGUAGAGGGGGAGCAUGAAAUUCUGGGGCCACUACAUUUAUCACAAAUUAAAUAAAUACAGACAUUUUGCUAAUAUGAGGGGUAUAAUUUAUGGAAAUGGGCUGCCAAGAGGUAACCAAGUAAAAAAGUAAUGGGAACAUCUGGUAUUCAUGUGCACUUUAAAGUUCCUACAUUCUAAAACAACCCUAACCUAUGUUUACUGGCAAAUAAAUAGAUGGUACUAAUAUUUUUCUUCUUUACUAUUGUAGAUACUGCUACUAGAUUACUCUGUGAAGAAUUUAAUAAGCUGCAUGCAUCAGCCUCGCAACACAACCGAAAACACAUAAUUAUUUUUGCAACCACAAGGACUGGAUCUUCAUUUCUGGGCCAGAUCUUUAAUCAGAAUCCUGAUAUAUUUUACUUGUUUGAACCUCUGUAUCAUGUGCAAAAAACCUUCAGCAAUUCAAGCUCUCGAAUGCAAGUGGGUAGUGGGUCUUUAGUUGGGGCCUUCCGAGAUCUUCUCCAAAAUCUAUAUAACUGUGACUUUUACUUUUUUGAAAACUAUAUCUCACCAGCUCCUAAAAACCAUGUCACUUCCACCAUUUUCAGAAGAGGGUCAAGCAAUGCUUUAUGUUCUCCCCCUUUGUGUGACAAGAUACAGAGAAGAGAACACAUAUGUUCAAGAAAGUGUCGGCCGCUAAAUUUUACUUUGGUGUCUGAAUCCUGCAAAACAUAUAAACAUAUAGCCAUAAAAACCGUCAGAAUUCCUAAGAUCAGUGAUCUCAGAACUCUUGUGGAAGAUCCCAGGCUGAACCUUAAAAUAAUCCAUUUAGUAAGAGAUCCAAGAGGAAUUUUAGCAUCAAGGAUUAGCACCUUUAUAGACUUGUACCAGCCAUGGAAAAUCUGGAAUUCAAUAGGAAGAAAGCCACGCAAUAUUGAUCUUACUCAAAUCACAUCAACAUGUGCCGAUCUCAGUAGCUCUGUAGAGACUGGCUUAAGCAGGCCUCCUUGGUUGAAAGGAAGAUAUAUGCUUGUUAGAUAUGAAGACAUAGCAAUGGACCCUGUAAAGAAGGCCAAAGAGAUGUAUGACUUUUUAGGUCUGGAAUGGAGAGAGGAUGUCCAAAUGUGGAUAGAGCAAAACACAAAUGGAAGUAUUGUUCCAAGCGUAAACUUUAAAUAUUCUACAAGUAGGAACUCAGCAGAGACAUCCGAAAACUGGAGACUACAUCUAUGCCUUGAUAUAGUCCAGAAACUGCAAGAAUUAUGCAAUGUAACAUUUUCGCUUCUUGGAUAUAAAAUGGUGGACUCAGUACUGCAGCUCAAAAAUCUUUCCAAUAGCCUUGUGGAGCCACGAAUAUUUUUUCCAUUUACAUAAGAGAGCAGAAGAGAGGGGGAAAAAAACUACCUGUGUCAGCUACAAUUUCAAACCAAAAGAGAUUAAUGUGAAACCACAAUGAAAUUAGAAUACACUUCCUA